CAGCAUGCAAUGCUGUGGAUUACAAAUGACGGAUGGCAAGAACGUAACUGGCGUAAAGAUGAUUUCGCUCGCUUGACAACUCCCUCCCCGUUAUUCUCUACUCCACCCACAAAUUACGCUGCAGUCUAAACACGUCUCUUGCAGCAGCUUGAUUACCUGAACAAUGGCGGCACCACCGGUAAUUGUCUUCCAGGUCCUAGGCCAGCAACUUCCGGGAGAGGUGAGUGAUGAGAUCAAGAAGCAGGAGGGCUUCCAGCACGCCUUUUUCGGCCGCAAGAUGGAGGACCCCGACACGGGCAUUCUCUGCACGGAGUGGUCAACCCGCGAAGCAGCCCUGGCCUACCGGUCGUCGCAGCUCGCUUCGUCGCUUGCUGCUGCUGCUGAUGCUCCCGGUGGUGGCGGCGGUGGUGGUGAUAAAGCGGGGACGCUGGUCCUCAGUGCGCCGGGCCCCUGGGCCGCGGUGCUGCGGGCGCCCUGCACCGAGGUGUUUACCGCGUUUGGUGUCGAAGACGGCUUUGGCGCGAAUGCGGCUGAGUUUAUGCGCAGCCUGGACGGAAACCCGCCCGAGGGGUACAAGGGCGCGGCGUUUGGGGAGAGCCUUGCGGAUGCAGAUGUGGAUGUAGCGGGGGAGAGGACGGCGAGGAUGGUGCUUGGUUGGACCAGCAGGGAGGCGCAUCUUGAGGCGAAGGCGAAGCCUGGAGCUAUCCAGGACAACAUCCACCUGGUACGGGCGUUGCGGGAGGCGGUGGAUCUGUUCCACGUCCAGUUCAAGGAGCUGUGACCAGCAGGCACAUCAAUUCUUGGGAGGGAGGAGGCUUCUCGGACUUCCAGGCUGCUUUAUGCCAGCCCGACUUCAGGAAACCUAUCGAGACGGAGAAACGGCCUCGCCAGAUUGCCGACAUCUGUUGCCUGAUCAGACCAUGAGCGGCGCUCCACCAAACAUGCCCGGUGAAACGGAAGGCUCCAGUGCGUAAUUCAGAGCGGGGGAGGGGCGUUUCUUGUCAGUACACUCAUGACAUACAGAACGCACGACUUACACAGUAACAACUGGCCUGAUAUGGUACUGUACAGUACCACGGACAACAACUUUAACCCCCUGUACCCCACACUUUCACCCGCCUCCAGG